CAGGUCGAUGGAGUGACACGCGCACUAGCAAGACUAUUAGAGCACCUCCAUGUUCAAGGGCACGAGGCGGUGGUGCUGGGCCCCCAAAGCGGUAUGACGCACUAUGAGACACACCCACUCGUUGGGACGGCGGGGAUACCUCUUGUCCUCUACCCUGGUCUAAAGCUCAAUUUUCUUCGGCCCAAGUUCUUACGGAUCAUUCGUGAAUUUCAACCGGAUGUCAUCCAUAUCGUUGAGCCCAUUUGGUUAGGGGCGCAAGUCUUACUUGCCAUGCAACUGGGCUGGUGCGGGCCAAUGUGGAAGGAAGAUAGUCUCGAUCGUGUUGUUGUUGCAUCGUAUCACACGAACCUGCCAACGUAUGCUACGCUUUUCGGCUUCCCAUGGGCAGAAUCAAUAAUGUGGAAAUGGACCAGAUACCUUCACUCGAAAUGUCUUCUCACAGCUUGUCCUUCUACCUCGACAGGGCAGAUGCUGAGUGAAAGGGGUUUCUCGAACGUUCGUAUAUGGUCUCGUGGAGUAGACUUGCAAGCCCUUGGUCCACACCGAAGGAGCGAACAGAGACGACGUCGUUGGGGCAUUGUUGAGAAAACCGCAUUGCGAAAGAGAAGAGAGACCUAUGUCCAAUAUUCGCCAGGGUUCGGCUUCACAGCUCCUAUCACACCUCCACCUUCACCUCCUUUCGGACCUGUCGAGUAUGUUGAUGAAGUGAACAGCAACGAUAUUGUCAUCCUUUAUGUUGGACGGAUAUCACACGAAAAGAAUCUCGUGUUUCUCAUUCGAUGCUAUCAGAAACUCUUGGCAUCCCUACCUACUUCAUUCCUUAAUGCGAAUCAAGUGAAGCUUGUCCUCGUGGGAGAUGGCCCCGAGAGAUCUCGACUGGAGAAGCAUUGUGCCUCACUUGGACUGGAUGUCCAAUUCGAAGGACACCUCUCAGGGGUUCCCCUGGCAGAAUCGUACGCGAGCGCCGAUAUUUUUGCUUUUCCCUCGUACACGGAGACAUUUGGUCAAGUCGUCCUGGAAGCUCUAGCAUCCGGUAUUCCGGUCAUAGGCCUUGACGCAGAAGGAACACGAGAUCUAGUUAGCCACGAGCGUACCGGAUAUCUUCUCCCCCUCCCGUCCACUGUCACGCCUUCACCAUCAUGGAACAUGGUCUUCAAAGACGAGAAGAGCCUACUGUACACCGAGGCAUUGCUUAAUUACACAGAUUUUCUCAAGUCGCUCGUUAUGGAUCCCAAAGGCCUGGCAGGAAUGAGGAGGACAGUUGGGGAAGAAGGAACACAGGGAAGGACAUGGUUUGACGCCAUGGAAGGGAUGGUUGACCAUUAUAGAGAGGCGAUACAGGUUGCGGAGAGACGCCGUGCCCGAAAUGAUACCCGCCACGAGGAGGCUCCUCGAGGGAGUAAUAAUAGUGAGGAACAUAGAGGUCCCGAUGCCGUCACUGCUAGUACUAGAGAUAGACUUCAGGCCGACGUGGGGCCGAGGAGACGGUGGUAUGAUCGCUUUCCUUGCCUUAUCUGGUUGCGCUGUCGCAUUUGUUAUUGGUUUGAUUUAACUUCGUAG